AGUUUCCUAGUUUCCUAGUUUCCUAGUGUCCUAGUUUCCUAGUGUCCUAGUUUCCAUAGCUCGAGCAUGGCUUGCUUCCCUUAGUCAGUCUCUCAGUCUCUCCAGAGUGGCUUAGUGGCCAUAUCGCAGGAGGAAUGUCACACCCUUUGGGUCCAUCAACAUACCAAUCACAUCGAGGAAUCUAUAGCUAGCCCGAUAAAUCACCCGAAAACACACGCCAUCUUGCCGGACCCGCUUCCAUUCAAGGGACCUCGUCUGGAACCACCCACCACCACCGCCCACUGCCACCACACCACACUUAUUACCUAGCAUCCCACGCUUAGGAAGAAGUACACAAUGAAAAAAGCAGCCAGCACUGGUACAACAAACCAGUCCAGAGAAUUAAUAAAUUUAGUAAAAUAAAAUAAAAUUAAAUGAAAUAAAACAAAAUAAAAAAUUCACUUACUUCUUAAAUCUAAAUCUGGCCGAUCUCCGUAGUCGCUGCUCUUACUCAAUUCCAAUAUUCAUUCAGCUGUUCCUUUCCAACCCACCCCUCCCCUCCCUCCUCAUAGAAUUUCUAUUUCAUUCUCCAAAAAGAAUUAAGAAUCUCCGAUUCAUUUGAACCAUCUUCCCCUCCGCAAAACAGCAAAGGAAACUUGAGAAAGUUAGAAUAUAGAUUCCAUCUUUCCAUUUUAAUUUCACUUCCCUCUUUUCGAACAGAAUUGAAAUCUUGGUGGUUUCAAUUAUUCGACCAUUUUUCUUGCGUUCCAUUGAAAGAAUACCCCUUUGUAAACUCAUCAAUUUUCAUACCUCAAAAUGUCUGCCAAAGCUAUCACCGAGGCCGACGGAAAGGCUAUCCUCAACUAUCACCUCACCAGAGCUCCCGUCAUCAAGCCAUCUCCUCUCCCAAAAUCUGCCACUCACAACCCUCCCUCGAAGCUUGCUUCUUUAUAUUUCCCAGUCGACGCUGAGGUCUCAUCAAUCCUCGAUCAAGCAGAAACCUUAUACCCAUGGCUCCUUGUUCCAGGUUCCAAAUUCGUCGCAAAGCCUGAUCAGUUGAUUAAGAGAAGAGGCAAGAGUGGUCUUCUUGCAUUGAACAAGACAUGGCCAGAAGCAAAGGCAUGGAUUGCUGAGAGAGCAGGAAAGCCAGUCACAGUUGAAACUACUGUGGGAACUCUCCGUCAAUUUUUGGUAGAGCCAUUCGUACCACAUCCAGACGGAACCGAAUAUUAUAUCAACAUCAACUCCCAAAGAGAGGGUGAUUGGAUUCUUUUCACACACGAGGGAGGUGUCGAUGUUGGUGAUGUCGAUGCAAAGGCCGAAAAAUUGUUGAUUCCAGUCGAUCUUGCCGAAUACCCUUCAAAUGAAGAAAUCGCUGCAGGACUUCUCAAGAAAGUUCCACAAGGUGUACACAAUGUUCUUGUCGACUUCAUCACCAGAUUAUAUGCUGUUUACGUCGACUGUCAAUUCACAUACCUUGAGAUUAACCCAUUGGUCGUCAUUCCUAACGCUGAAGGUACCUCUGCUGAAGUACACUUCUUGGAUUUGGCUGCUAAGAUUGAUCAAACUGCCGAGUUUGAGUGUGGUGUCAAAUGGGCUAUUGCACGCUCGCCUGCUGCUCUCGGUAUGGCCGCUGUUAAGGCAGCUGAUGGAAAGGUUAACAUUGAUGCUGGUCCACCAAUGGAGUUCCCAGCUCCAUUCGGUCGUGAAUUGACCAAGGAGGAAGCAUACAUUGCUGAACUUGAUGCCAAGACUGGUGCAUCCCUCAAGCUCACAAUUUUGAAUGCCAACGGUAGAGUUUGGACUUUGGUUGCCGGUGGUGGUGCUUCCGUCGUUUAUGCCGAUGCUAUCGCCAGUUCUGGAUUUGCUGAUGAGCUUGCCAAUUAUGGUGAAUACUCUGGUGCACCAACCGAAACCCAAACUUUCCACUACGCUCGUACUGUCCUUGACCUCAUGCUUCGUUCACCAAUUACUCCAGAAGGCAAGGUUCUUUUCAUUGGUGGUGGUAUUGCCAACUUCACCAAUGUCGCUUCAACAUUCAAGGGUGUUAUUCGCGCCAUUAGAGAAGUCAGCAACUUAUUGAUCGAGCACAAGGUUCAAAUCUGGGUUAGACGUGCUGGACCUAACUACCAAGAAGGAUUAAAGAACAUCAAGGCAGUUGGACAAGAAUUGAAGCUUGAUAUGCACGUUUAUGGACCAGAUAUGCAUGUUAGUGGUAUUGUUCCUUUGGCUUUGGUUCCAGGACGUCUUGCAGAGAGUAAGAUUAAGGAAUUCACUGGUUAAAUUUGGGAAGAGAUGAGACAUGAACAUUUUUGACAUUCUUCUUCGAGGGCAUUUUUGUUUGGCUAUUCCAAGCAAAGGUAGCACAAUGGCGUACAAAGCUUGCUUAAGAAAUUAACAAAUAGAUACUCGUAAUUGUGACCAUUUUUCUAGUCUUAA